AUGGAUAAACCCAAAGGAAUUUUGAUGUACGUUCUCCUGAGCUCUGUGCUCUCUGAGCCAGCAUUUAUCUCGAUGUCCACCUUUACCAUUGGUAUAAUAGCACCUUUAGUUCUCUAUCACUCAGAGUUGAUAGAAAUAAACAAUCCAACUCUGAUUGCACGUGGAAUUAUUACUAUAAUUUAUCUCUCUUGUUUGCUUGCUAUUUGCAGGUUUAUCUCUUUCGGAAAGUGCUUACCAGGAGGAAUGUUGAAAAAUAAAAGCUUAAUGAAGGGCAAGACUGUUGUAAUAACUGGCUGCACCAGAGGAAUUGGACUUGAAACUGCCAAGCAACUAGCAUCAUGGGGAGUAUCUGAAUUAAUUAUGUGCUGCCGCGAUAUUGUGGCUAUGGAAAGUGCCAAAAGUCAACUUCUUUCUAAUGGAUUGCCACUUAAUAGAGUUCAUUCAAUCGAAUGUGAGUUGUCAUCUUUACAAAGUAUUAAAUUAUGUUCAAGGAAAAUUUUUUCAAUAGUAGACAAGAUCGAUAUCUUGAUUAAUAAUGCAGGUGUUAUGGCACCACCAUUCCAGCUAAUAAACCAAGUUGAAAGGCAAUUCAUGACAAAUUACCUCGGCCAUUAUUACCUAACAAUGAAUCUGAUGCCUCUACUUCAAAAAUCUAAAUCAAGAAUAAUAAAUGUUUCAAGCAUCGCCCACUUAGCUGCGCCUUUCGGAUUCGAUAUUUCUGAGCUUGAGAAUGUUAAUCGGAAAAACUAUGAUAGAACUAGAUUCUAUGGUAUUAGUAAGCUAUGCAAUAUAUACUUCACAAGAGAAUUGCAGAAAAGAUUUGGUUCGUUUGGUUUGUUCGCCGUAGCAUUGCAUCCAGGAUGUGUGAAUACCGAUUUAGGAAGAUAUAUAAAGGAAGGUAGUACUAUAUUUGUUUUAUUUUACCCAUUAAUGAAGUUAUUUUCUAAAACUCCGUUCUCAGGUGCUCAAACUACGCUUUACUGUUGUGCAAUCCCUGAUGAAAAACUAAUUCCUGGAGGAUACUAUUCUCAAUGCGCACUGGAUAUAUCAUCGCCUGUUUCGUUAGAUAUGGAUGUAUCAGAAAAACUUUGGGAUUACUCCAGAAUCCUCUGCGAAAAAAUAAUUAAUUCAGAAAUCAAAUAG